AUCAGGUAGAACUGGACACACCAGCAGGAAGCUCGAUCUGCUAGCUGCUUCACCUAACCUGAUUCAGGCGUUAGAGAGGCCACAAGCACAGCUGGAGAAGAGGUGUGUAACCUCAUGGAGGAGAAGGGCGUGUCCUUUAUCACGAGUGCUGCGAGAAGCGUGACAAGGGGAGGGGCUGCUUCUAUGAACGCCCUUCGUGAGAGCAUGGAUCCACAGAGCAUCCCAAGUGCUGCAAGAAACGCAGCAAGCAAAGCGACUGCUUCUAUCGAUGCCGUUCGUGAGCGCAUGGAUCCAGAGGCCAUGUCGAGUGCUAUAAGAAGCGCAGCAAGUAAAGCGACUGCCUCUAUGAAUGAUCUUCGUGACCGCAUGCGCAUCGAUCCACUUAACGUAUUCCUGGGCCUCCUGACCGCGAUCUGCUGCUGCUGCUCGCGCGAGAGCUGCCUCGACCGCCUCUGCUGCUGCUGCAACAACAGGAGCCACGGCGACUAGGGCCGGUCGGCUGCGCGCCAUGUCGAUCUGUCAAGCUGAGAGGGCACCAGCAACUAUGCUCCUCCUUACUUUGGUUGCGCAAAUAAGAUGAGCUAGCUCAUCGUACAGUUGUGGGACCCAGGAACAUAUACUGUACUGUGAUCAUGAUUAGCGUUCCUAUAUUUGAAUUCUGGUUCGUCAGAUUAUUCUAUUCUAUUGUAGUUGUGGGACCCAGCUCAAUGUGGUAUUCUCCAACAACAAUCUCUGUUUAUUUUCACAAAGAACUUAUCAUGGGAAAUGUCACAC